CUCGGUGGCCUCCAGUCGCGCCGCGGAGUGUGUCCUGAGCAGCGCCAGCAGGCGUUGGAGGCGGACGCCAUGGCCACAACCUUCCGGGCAAGCGGUAACUGCCGGGCGGCCGGGACUCGCUGGGACGCGAAACUGAACCCUCCUCUUCCUUAGGAAGUUGUCGUCCCUGCCCGCAGGUCGGCGCGCCCACCGGUCCAGAGCAUCAGCAUAUCCGCUACAACCCGCUACAAGAUGAGUGGGUGCUGGUGUCAGCGCACCGCAUGAAGCGUCCCUGGCAGGGGCAGGUAGAGCCCCCGCUUGCGACGACAGUACCCCGCCAUGACCCCCACAACCCUCUCUGUCCGGGGGCCACACGGGCCAAUGGAGAGGUGAAUCCUGACUAUGAAGGCACCUUCCUGUUUGACAACGACUUCCCAGCUCUGCAGCCUGAUGCCCCUAGUCCAGGACCCAGUGAUCACCCCCUUUUCCAAGCAGAGGCUGCUCGAGGAGUUUGUAAGGUCAUGUGCUUCCACCCCUGGUCGGAUGUGACACUGCCACUCAUGUCGGUCCCCGAAAUCCGAGCUGUCGUUGAUGCUUGGGCCUCAGUCACAGAGGAACUGGGUGCCCAGUACCCUUGGGUGCAGAUCUUUGAAAACAAAGGAGCCAUGAUGGGCUGUUCUAACCCCCAUCCCCACUGCCAGGUGUGGGCCAGCAGCUUCCUGCCAGAUGUUGCCCAGCGUGAGGAGCGAUGUCAGCGGGCCUAUCAGAGUCAGCAUGGAGAGCCCCUGCUCGUGGAGUACGGCCGCCAGGAGCUGCUCAGGAAGGAACGUCUGGUCCUAACUAGUGAGCACUGGUUAGUGCUGGUCCCCUUCUGGGCAGUGUGGCCCUUCCAGACACUACUGCUGCCCCGUCGGCAUGUGCGGCGGCUGCCUGAGCUGACUCCCGCUGAGCGUGACGAUCUGUCCUCCAUCAUGAAGAAGCUCUUGACCAAGUAUGACAACCUAUUUGAGACAUCCUUCCCCUACUCCAUGGGCUGGCACGGGGCUCCCACAGGAUCAGAGGCUGGAGCCAACUGGGACCACUGGCAGCUACAUGCUCAUUAUUACCCUCCACUCUUGCGCUCUGCUACAGUUCGGAAGUUCAUGGUUGGCUAUGAAAUGCUUGCCCAGGCCCAGAGGGACCUCACCCCGGAGCAGGCUGCAGAGAGACUAAGGGCACUUCCUGAGGUUCAUUACCGCCUGGGGCAGAAGGACAGGGAGACAGCAGCCAUCGCCUGACCACGCUGACCACAGGGCCUUCUGCCUGAGGAACCAGGGCUUAGAAUUUGGGCAGAUGUGGGAUCAAUAAAACUAUGCUUCUCAAACUUUAA